GCGUUCUGUUCUUGGCUGGUUUCAGACCUGCACAACUCACCACUGUGGGGAAACGCUGCUGCUUGUGGAUUCAGGACCUGUGCAUGGACCUGCAGAACCUGGAGCGGGCUCGGGAUGACCUGCGCUUUCGGGGUGUAAAAGGCACCACUGGCACUCAAGCCAGCUUCUUGCAGCUCUUUGAGGGAGACCAUAGCAAAGUUGAAGAGCUGGACAGAUUAGUGACUGCAAAGGCAGGAUUUAAGCGGGCUUAUAUGGUCACAGGGCAGACUUAUAGUCGCAAGGUGGAUAUUGAAGUCCUGUCUGUGCUGGCCAGUCUUGGGGCAUCUAUACACAAGAUUUGUACUGACAUUCGUCUUUUGGCCAACCUGAAGGAGAUAGAGGAGCCUUUUGAGAAAGACCAGAUUGGUUCAAGUGCUAUGCCUUACAAGAGAAAUCCAAUGCGUUCAGAACGCUGCUGCAGCCUGGCUCGACACCUGAUGACUCUGGUGCUGGAUCCCCUCCAAACAGCCUCCGUGCAGUGGUUUGAGCGAACGUUGGAUGACAGUGCCAACAGGUUUGUUUAG